AUGGUUCAGGCCAACCUGCCUGCUUUGGAGCCGUGUGCCCACGGCUUAAGGGAGGAACCCGAGUUUGUGACGGCUCGUGCUGGGGAGAGCGUGAUCCUGGGAUGCGACGUAAUCCAUCCACUGACGGGCCAGCCCCCUCCUUAUGUGGUGGAGUGGUUCAAAUUUGGAGUGCCUAUCCCCAUCUUCAUCAAGUUUGGGUUCUACCCACCUCAUGUGGACCCAGAAUAUGCUGGCCGUGCCAGCCUUCAUGACAAGGCCUCACUGCGCAUCGAACAGAUACGCUCCGAGGACCAGGGCUGGUACGAGUGCAAAGUGCUUAUGUUGGAUCAGCAGUAUGACACUUUUCACAACGGCAGCUGGGUGCAUCUCACGGUCAAUGCUCCCCCCACCUUCACAGAGACUCCCCCCCAAUACGUAGAGGCUAAAGAAGGCAGCAGCAUUACCCUGACUUGCAUGGCUUUUGGGAACCCGAAACCGACCGUCACCUGGCUGAAAGAGGGGGAUCUCUUAGGUGCCAACAACAAAUAUCAGGUUAGCGAUGGGAGUUUGACUGUUAUGUCCAUCAGUCGGGAUGAUAGAGGCGCUUACACCUGCCGGGCUUACAGUAUCCAAGGAGAGGCUGUUCACACCACCCGCUUGCUUGUCCAAGGGCCGCCUUUCAUCGUUUCCCCUCCAGAGAACAUCACAGUCAACAUCUCCCAGGAUGCAAUGUUCACCUGCCAGGCCGAGGCAUAUCCAGGCAACCUGACCUAUACUUGGUACUGGGAGGAGGAGAACGUCUACUUUAAGAAUGACCUAAAGCUGAGGGUGCGGAUCUUGAUCGAUGGUACACUCAUAAUCUUCCGAGUCAAAUCAGACGAUGCUGGGAAAUACACCUGCAUUCCAAGCAACAGCCUUGGCCGUUCGCCAUCCGCUUCUGCCUAUCUGACUGUGCAAUACCCUGCCCGUGUGGUAAACAUGCCACCUAUCAUAUAUGUUCCUGUUGGGAUACAUGGAUACAUUCGCUGCCCAGUUGAGGCAGAGCCGCCAGUGACCGUGGUCAAGUGGAACAAAGAUGGACGCCCUCUGCACAUUGAAAAGUUUUCUGGCUGGAGUCUAAUGGAAGAUGGCUCAAUUCGAAUAGAAGAGGCAACAGAAGAAGCUCUCGGCACAUACACCUGCGUGCCUUAUAAUGCCCUGGGUACAAUGGGCCAGUCCCCCCCUGCCCGACUGGUACUGAAGGACCCACCCUAUUUCACGGUGCUACCAGGCUGGGAGUACAGACAAGAGGCAGGGAGGGAGCUGUUGAUACCCUGUGCUGCUGCAGGAGACCCUUUUCCUGUCAUCGCCUGGAGAAAGGUAGGGAAGCCCAGUAGAAGCAAGCACAACACCCUUCCAAGCGGCAGCCUGCAAUUCAGAUCUCUCAGUAAGGAUGACCACGGAGAGUGGGAAUGUGUCGCCACCAACAUAGUCACAAGCAUUACAGCUAGCACUCAUCUGACAGUCAUCGGCACAAGCCCCCACGCCCCGGGCAGUGUGCGUGUUGCAGUCUCCAUGACCUCUGCCAACGUUUCCUGGGAGCCCGGCUAUGAUGGCGCAUAUGAACAGACAUUCUCAGUUUGGUACGGCCCUCUGAUGAAGCGAGCACAGUUUGGACCUCAUGACUGGCUCUCCCUUCCAGUACCAACUGGUCCCAGUUGGCUGCUUGUGGAUAACCUCGAACCAGAGACUGCCUACCAGUUCAGUGUCUUGGCCCAAAACAAGCUGGGCACAAGCUCCUUCAGUGAGGUGGUCACUGUGAAUACUCUAGCAUUCCCUGUAACAACUCCAGAACCACUGGUGCUGGUUACUCCACCGAGGUGCCUAACAGCCAAUCGGACACAGCAAGGUGUCCUGUUGUCAUGGCUUCCUCCAGCUAAUCAUAGUUUUCCAAUUGACCGCUACAUCAUGGAGUUCCGGAUAGGAGAGAGAUGGGAGAUUUUAGAUGACGCCAUUUUGGGGAGUGAUAAUGAUUUUUUUGCCAAGGAUUUGACUCAGGACACAUGGUACGAGUUCCGAGUUCUGGCUGUCAUGCAGGACCUCAUCAGCGAACCCAGCAAUAUUGCAGGUGUAUCCAGCACAGACAUCUUUCCUCCGCCAGACUUGACAGAUGAAGGUUUGGCGCGUCCUGUGCUGGCAGGUAUUGUUGCCACCAUUUGCUUCCUUGCCGCUGCUAUCCUGUUCAGCACGCUAGCUGCCUGCUUCGUCAACAAGCAACGCAAACGCAAACUCAAGCGCAAGAAAGACCCUCCUCUUUCAAUAACUCAUUGCAGGAAGAGUCUGGAGUCACCGUUGUCCUCGGGCAAGGUGAGCCCUGAGAGCAUCCGCACGCUUCGGCCCCCCUCAGAGUCCUCUGACGAUCAAGGCCCUCCAGGCAAGCGUAUGCUGAGCCCCAGCAAGGAGAAGGAGCUGUCUCUUUACAAGAAGACCAAGCGCGCCAUCAGCAGUAAGAAGUACAGUGUUUCCAAGGCUGAGGCAGAAGCGGAGGCAACUACCCCUAUCGAACUCAUCAGCCGUGGGCCUGAUGGCCGUUUCGUCAUGGAUCCUUCAGAAAUGGAGCCCUCGCUCAAGACCCGCCGGAUAGAGGGCUUUCCCUUUGUUGAGGAGACAGACAUGUACCCAGAGUUCCGCCAGUCGGAUGAAGAAAAUGAUGACCCAGUGAUGCCCUCCUCUGUGACAGCUCUCAAGUCCCAACUGACACCUCUCUCCUCCAGCCAGGAAUCUUACCUUCAGCCACCAGCAUACAGUCCUAGAUUCCAUCGGGGUUUAGAGGGGACAGGUACACUGGAGAGCCGCCUCCAAGCCACUGGUCAGGCUAGGCCUCCAGCUCCCAGGCCGUUCCACCAUGGCCCGUAUUAUGGUUACCUCAGCAGCAGCAGCCCAGGAGAGAUGGAUCCUCCGCCUUUCUACAUGCCAGAGGUCAGCCCCCUCAGUUCUGUCAUGUCCUCCCCUCCUCUGCACCCUGAAGGGCCCUUUGGACAUCCCACUAUCCCGGAGGAGAAUGGAGAGAAUGCUUCCAACAGCACGCUGCCCCUGACUCAGACUCCAACAGGGGGACGGUCCCCUGAACCAUGGGGCAGGUCUGAGUUCCCGUUCAGCGGUCUAGAGUCUUCGCCCAUCAUGUUUCCUCAUCAACUUCACCAGUGCGAAGUGGUUGAGAGCGUGCAGCCAAAGGCCAGUCUUCCUAGGGGACCACCACCUUCCUCCCUCCAGGUCCCUGCAUCCUACCCUGGCAUUCUGGCCCUGGAGGCACCAAAGAGUUGGACUGGCAAGUCACCAAGCAGGAGCCAACCCUCUGUGCCCACCGCCACCAAAUGGCAGGACAAACCUAUGCAACCAAUGGCGAGCCAAGGGCAGCUAAGACAUACCAGUCAAGGCAUGGGCAUACCUGUGUUGCCUUACCACGGGCCGUCCGAGCCAGUCAGCCACAGCGGCACAAGCACAUUCGGCCUGGACACCAGGUGGUAUGACCCCCAACCUAGACCUCGGCCCAGCCCUCGGCAAGUCAGGAGGGCCGAGCCCAGUUUACAUCAGGUGGUGCUACAACCUUCAAGGCUUUCCCCCUUGACUCAAAGCCCCCUCAGCUCCCGCAACAGCUCCCCGGAGCUGACAGCCCGUGCCAGGCCGCGACCAGGCCUCAUCCAGCAGGCGGAAAUGUCCGAAAUCACCCUGCAGCCUCCAGCAGCGGUCAGCUUCUCUCGCAGGUCCACUCCUUCAACAGGAUCUCCUGCCCAGAGCAGCCGAGGAGGGAGCCCCAGCUUCCGCCCUGCCAUGGCUUUCACUUCUUUGGCCACCGGUUAUCCUACCCCUCAAUGUCCCUCCCUGCCUGUAGAGCCAAUGGAUGUCUUUGGACCCAUUCCCUCACCAAGGAGGGCCGGGGAGGAGAUUCUUAGGCCAGAGCCAACACCGACAACCAGUUCAGGAAAACGUCCAUCUCCAACCCGGAACGGUGCUGCACCUGAGAGGCUCGAAGCUCUGAAAUACCAGCGGAUAAAGAAGCCCAAAAAGCCAUCCAAGGGCUCCUCGAAAUCCAAAAAACAGAUCAAUGGUUCUGCUUCCCAGGUUCAGCAACAUCCUAACUCUCAGGUACUGUGGCCCGAUGAAGCUGUCUGUCUCCGGAAGAAGAAGCGUCACCCUCGCCAGGACCCCUUUGCCCGCCUCUCAGCGCUGAAGGAUGACCUGUGCCACAGGCAGGUUCCCGAGGAUCAGACAGCCAUUCUCAACAGUGUGGACCAUGACGAUUCCAGUGGGCAUGCCACCUUACUUUAG